GCCAGUAGUUCCUGCCUCACCUCAAGCUGAAGCAGCCCAGGAUCAAACAAUUAACAAAGGAAAACAGUUGUCUCCUCAUCCGGUGAAGCCAUGGCCUUGAGGAGAAUCAUCAAGGAGCUCAAGGACCUGCAGAGAGAUCCCCCAACUUCUUGCAGUGCAGGGCCUGUAGCAGAUGACAUGUAUCACUGGCAAGCUACAAUUAUGGGACCUAAUGAUAGUCCCUAUGCUGGUGGUCUCUUCCUGGUCACCAUUCACUUUCCUCCAGACUAUCCAUUCAAGCCCCCAAAGGUAGCAUUCAAAACAAAGGUCUUCCAUCCAAACAUCAACAGCAAUGGCAACAUUUGCCUGGACAUACUCAAGGAUCAAUGGAGUCCAGCUCUCACCAUUUCAAAGGUGUUGCUCUCCAUAUGUUCACUGCUCACAGACCCAAACCCAGAUGAUCCACUUGUACCUGAGAUUGCGCAUAUGUGCAAGAAUGACCCUUUAAGAUAUGGGUCUACAGCCCGCAGUUGGACCCAGAAAUAUGCCAUGGUUUAACAAAACCUCCUCAAGAAGCUGAAAGAUUUCUAAUUAUAACGCUUACAUUUAAUUGCACCAUGAUAUAUAUUAGGGGAGACGUAUGUACACACCUCCAUAUUAUAUGUAAUAAGCCGAGGAAAUUUUGAAUCAAUCAUGAUGGCAAGAGUUGACAUAUUUUGGAUCA